CCAUGACUCCAUCAUUUCAUUCAUUCAUUCAGUCCAAGCGUUUGUUGUAUAGUUCGAUUUUUUUUUCCUCCUAAACGGAUUAAAAAAACGUUUAAACUGAUAAAAACAGGUUUUGUUACAUGUAAAGUAGCGAUCACGACACCAGAUUAUAAAUCAUUUGGACAGUGAAGUUAACCAUUUAGCAUCAUCGACAGCUUUGCUUUCUGCAGUCAAUAACCUGCUGCAAAUAUAGACUUUUUCUCCGACAGAGCAAAUUUUGCCUCUUCUUGAAUCAAUAAAAUAAAUGAUACUCACCCUCCGGGCGGACGACAUUAUACAGUCACGCUUCAUCUUUAUAUUUGGGGUCUUAAAUUGGUCUGUAAUUAGUAGCAUAAACACAUCUGGACGCAAGGAUGGCGAUGUCAUAGUAUAACAACCAUGGCUCCAAAUGAUACAGAAUAUUUCUUCAGAAAUAUACAGAAAGUUCUUGCAAGGGAUUCAAUUUUUCCUUCAUUUUAGGGUAAUUUUAGUUUCCUGAUUGAUUUUUUUUUUUUUAAAGGCCAUACAGUCAUAGUUCUGAUUUACUCCAUUAAAAUGGAAUAACAUAGGCUAUUGUUUAAAACCUAUAAAAAAUAUUUUUUUGGAAAUACACUGCAUCGAUUUGAGCUUUCCGGGAACUCCCUUCAGAUUCUUAACACUUGAUAUUUGGAAAAAGAACUCAGGUGGACACAGUUGAAAAAAGAGGCAAGCCAAUCAGAUUGCUCCUUCCCCCUUUGGCCAAUGACAGACGCCACAUUGUUGUCAAAUUUGUCUAAUGAAAACGUAGGAGCAACAAUAGAGAGGGGAGAGAGGGAUCUGUAUCCACUGACAAUCUCAGGAGGAAGUUAGUGUCUCAGGCUGCAGUGAGUAACAACCUCAGCUCCUCCUGGACAGUUUUAACUUUAUAUCGGGGAGGAAUGGUCGCUCCUCUCGGCUCCUGCUCUUUUCGGAUUUCAAGUUGACUUUAUCUGCUCCUGUUUUCGAUCCUUCGACAGACGCGCGGACAGUUUCCACUAGAGUUUCGAUCACAGAUUUUUUCUUUUCUUUUUUCUUCAUGGUAAUCUCGUCAGUAGACAGACAUCGUUGACUUCAUCUGCUGUCCAGAGAUGUUGAGAACCGCUGAGCAGAUGUGAUCGGCUCAACAUUAGUUAAAGUAAUACAGAUCGUUCAGAACAACGUCGUUGUCUUGUUUAUACUUUAGUUAGCCGAGAUCAGUGAGGACCACGGGCAUGGAUCUGAGACCGGAGCUCCCUACAGUCUCCUCUGCCUCUCAAGUCCACCCAGGAGCGGCAGCGGCGGCCGCAGCAGCAGCCUCCAUCCCUGUGUCCAUGGCCGGCAACCUGCUGCGCGGCCCUCCGCUCCUCCUGCGCGCCGCGGACAAGUACCCACGCACCCCGAAGUGCGCCCGCUGCAGGAAUCACGGCGUCGUUUCCGCGCUGAAGGGCCACAAGCGCUACUGCCGCUGGAAGGACUGUAUGUGCGCCAAGUGCACAUUGAUCGCAGAGAGACAGCGGGUGAUGGCUGCGCAAGUGGCGCUGCGGCGGCAGCAGGCGCAGGAGGAGAACGAAGCCCGAGAGCUGCAGCUGCUCUACGGCACGGCGGAGGGACUCGCCCUGGCCGCCGCCAACGGCAUCAUCCCCCCGCGUCCAAACUACGAGGUGUUCGGCUCUGUCAGCAGCGAGAGCAACUCAGAUUCAAGUACUAUCCAGAAGUACGAGCUUUUCCCAAAGAGCCAGCACUCCGGAUCCGCCACCCCUCAGCAGUCUGCGGGGAAACCAGCGUCCACCGAGAGCGACUCGGCCCCGGGCAUCUCGUCCCCAGACGGCCGACAUGGAGGCUCAGGUUCCGAGAACGGAGACAGCGAGUCUUUCAUCAACUCGCCGGUGUCCAAGCCUUUAAAAGACGGAGAGGACACUCCCGGGUCCGUCAGCUCUCUGGGCUCUGACUCCGGCUCUGAGACCGACAAAGACGAGCAGGAGCCCUCCCCUUCCUCUGCGGCCUCCCGGCACAUGAACGCCAUUGACAUCCUGACCCGAGUGUUCCCCAGCCACAAGCGGAGCGUCCUGGAGCUCGUCCUGCAGGGCUGCGGUAAAGACGUGGUGCAGGCCAUCGAGCAGAUCCUCAACAACAGCGGCGCCCAUCAGGGCCACGACAAGGCCGGGCCAGAGGAGACGUGGACGGCCGAGAGGAUGCUCCAAAACGCGCAGCAGCCACUGCCGUCCUCCACAUCCACAACCGCCCCGACGAGGCCAAUGUUACCAGGAGCCAUGACGUUGAGUAACCGCUCUGCGUUUUCUCCUCUACAGCCAAACGCCCCGCACUUCGGCGCCGACCCCACCACCUAUCCUCUGGGCACCCACCUGGGACUGAACCCGCUGCGGCUGGCCUAUUCUGCGCACAGCCGGGGACUGGCUUUCAUGACGCCCUACUCCACCACCGGGUUGAUGCCGACUCUGGGCUUCAGACCCCCGAUGGACUAUGCCUUUAGCGACCUGAUAAGGGACAGGACAAUGUUACACAAAGAGCAAGGCUAUGCCAGCGGCCUGUACGGGCCUUUGGUCAACAACACGCCAGACAAACAGUGAGGCCGGUGGACUGACCACAGAGACACAUUCCAUUGUAUUUGUAGCCACAAGUGUUGAAUGUUCUGGAGAAAAUCUGUGAUGUGUUUUGGCUACAGGCUACUGUACAUAAUAGGAUUAUCUGGCUUGUAGUCAAAUGGUUUGAGAGGGGGGAGGGGGGGGGGGGGACUAAACCCACUUAUGUGUAAUUUUCAAAAAUAAUUUUAUAUGUUAGACUACAAAAGUUUGGAAGACGUUCCCCAUUUAUAAGCCGAAAUAUUCCAUUGAUAAAAUAAGGUGAAACAGAAAAAGAUAUUUAUAGAUCUCAAAAUAGAUCAUGACCAAGCUGGGGGAGUGAAAAGUAAACCCAGUUGCACAAAAAGCUAAAGGUACAUAUACAUGCUUUUAUCACUGAUUUAUAUGUCAGUUCUGUAGGAUUUAAAAUAAAAUGAAGUAACGAAGAAAUGAUUUAUUAGAGAGUUCUGACCCUUUUUUUAAAGCCCACCAAUUUUUUCAGCUGGUUGUUGAAACUGAAGUUAAAAUAUAAUUUUCAAAAAUAUGCAUUUCUCUCACACACAUCGAAUAAUAAACGAGGCGAAAUUAAGUUAUUAAUGUAGCUUACGGAUGUUAACCCUAUGUCCUGUUGUAAAAGUUGAACUAAUGAUGUGUAUAGCCUAAAUGCCAUCCCUUUUUUUUCUUAUGUAUUAUUUCACUUAUCUCAUCUUUUUUUUUUAGUUCCUUUCCAACUGCCUGUAUUAUAUAUUGCAUUUGGUAAUAUGAAAUGCUAUGCUAUAUUUGACUUUUCAUUUAUCUGUUAGUCAGCUCAAAUAUUUUGUGACAAAGUGCUGGAUCAAGUCAGUUCCUCUUCAAAUGUUACAAGCUGUGCUGUCACAUUGUAUGAAUAUGCUGGAAAUAAAUGUUAUUUUAAAGAAA